UUAUAUAUAAAUAUAGUUUAAUAAUAUCUAAUUACUUGAGCGUGAGCGUGAGAAAUGAGAAAUAUUUUAUGAUCUCAACUCAAUAUUGAACAUAAAGCUUUGACUCUUCGUUUAUGGACUGUAGAAGAAGAAAGAAGAAAAGGCCAUCUACGUCGUCGUCUUCUUCUUCUAAAAUCUCCCAAAACCAUGGAUAUGGAUUCCACUGAAACUAGUAAACUCGUCGAGAAAACCAGCGACGACCCUUCAGAACCACCGCCGAACAAAACCAACAGCCCCCAUCACCACCACUCUUUUAUUAAAUCUUCAUCAAAAAAAUUACUCAAACUCAUUCUCGAACCUCUUCAAUGGCUCCAAAUGCUUUCCUCCCAACUAAACCCCACCUUCGUCUUCGGCGUAAUCCUCGUCUACGGCUUCAACCAAGGCUUCUCCGGCUCUUUCUUCAAAGUAGUCUCCGAUUACUACUGGAAAGACGUUCAGAAGAUCCAACCCUCCGUAGUCCAGCUCUACACCGGUCUCUACUCUAUCCCUUGGAUCAUGAAACCCAUUUGGGGACUCAUGACUGACGUCUUCCCCGUCAAGGGAUACCGCCGCCGUCCCUACUUCAUUCUCGCCGGCGUCGUAGGCACAAUCUCCGCCGCCAUGGUCGCACUCGGCGGUAAACUGUCCGCAGCCGUGGCCUUGAGCUGUCUGAUCGGAUUAUCAGCAGCGGUGGCCAUAGCCGACGUGACAAUCGAUGCUUGUAUAGCGAGGAACAGCAUCGAGAUUCGUUCUUUGGCUUCCGAUUUGCAAAGCCUUUGUGGGUUUUCAUCCUCCGCCGGAGCUUUGAUUGGGUACUCCACCAGUGGGUUUUUCGUUCACCAUCUUGGUCCCCAGGUAUCGUUGGGGAUUUUGGCUAUUCCACCGGCUUUACUGGUUUUUCUGGGUUUCAUUAUAUAUGAACACAGAACAACGACUCGUUCUGAGGAAAACAAGUCAACAGAAAAGUUAGGAUUGGCAUUGAGGGGCAUGUACAAAACAAUCAAAUUUCCUCAAGUGUGGAAGCCAUCAUUGUACAUGUUCCUAUCCUUGGCUCUCAGUUUUAGUACUCAUGAAGGCCAUUUUUAUUGGUACACUGACCCCAAAGCUGGUCCUGCUUUCUCUCAGGAGUUUGUGGGGAUCAUUUAUGCAAUUGGUGCAUUGGCAUCCAUGGUAGGAGUACUAAUCUACCACAAGAAUCUAAAGGACUACCCUUUCAGAAGCAUACUCUUCAUGGCACAACUUCUCUAUAGUGUGUGUGGAAUGUUGGACCUUAUGUUCAUCCUUAGGUGGAACUUGGCCUUUGGAAUCCCAGACUACUUGUUUGUGGUUAUGGAGGAAUGCGUUUCUCGAAUCGUCAGCAGAAUUCGAUGGAUGCCAAUGAUCGUGUUGAGCAGCCGCCUCUGCCCUUUGGGAAUUGAAGGCACCUUCUUUGCUCUACUUAUGUGCAUUGAUAGCCUUGGCUCCUUAACCUCAAAGUGGGGUGGUGGAGUGGUGCUCCACGUGUUUCAUGUCACUAGGAAUGACUUCACAAACUUAUGGUUGGUUGUUCUAAUUAGGAAUGUCUUGAGGUUUUCGACUCUGGCUUUGAUAUUUUUGGUCCCCAAGUCUGGCCAAUCUGAGGCUAUCAUCCCUGCGGAUCUUUUGACCAAUAAUUCCACCUCCAUUACCAUUGAUGAUGAUGAGGGAAAAGAUAAGAACCUAGAGCUAGUUCCUCUCAAUGUUGAGAAAGCUCAAGUUUAUUAGGUAGCUUUUUUCAAGGGUGGGUGUAUAAAACUUGAUUGGCAGAGUACCAUACUUUUUUUUUUUUUUUUGACAUUGGGAGAGGAUUCAAACUUAGGACUUCUUUUUUAUGAGAAAAAAUAUAGUACUGCUAAUCUAUGUCUACUACUACACAGUACCAUACGAUUACAUCGUAGGAAACCUGAGAAAUAUUAUACACUUGUAUUAUUUCUUUUUCCUGGUAAAAAAUCUUGUAAUAUUGUUACCCUUUCAUUGUUUAAAAAAAAAAUUCUCAUUCUUUUUAAUUCAUUUGAACUUUUUUCAUCA